CCACGCGGCGGUUACCAUCACCGGCGCCGGUACCCUGCUUGAUCCGACCAGGCGAGAAGAACCCAAUCCACACGUGGGGACCCGCGAUUCGGCACGCACCAGCCAUGGACGCGCCCCAGCUCCUCCUCGGAGCGCUCCUCUUCCUCCUCCCCGCCGCGCUCCUCCUCCUCAACCGCGCGCGGGGCAAGCGCCCGCGCCUCCCGCCGGGCCCGCCUUCCCUGCCGCUCCUCGGCAGCGUGGUGUGGCUCACCAACUCGCCCGCCGAGAUCGAGCCCCUGCUGCGGCGCCUCUUCGAGCGGCACGGCCCCGUCGUGGCGCUCCGCGUCGGGGCGCGCCUCUCCGUCUUCGUCGCCGACCGCCGCGCCGCGCACGCGGCGCUCGUCGAGCGCGGCGCGGCGCUGGCGGACCGCCCGGCGCUCGUGUCGGCCAGGCUCCUCGGCGAGAACGACAACACUAUCACCCGCGCCAGCUACGGGCCCGUGUGGCGCCUCCUCCGCCGCAACCUCGUCGCCGAGACGCUGCACCCGUCGCGGGUGAGGCUCUUCGCGCCGGCCCGCGCCUGGGUGCGCCGCGUCCUCGUCGACAAGCUCGGCGAGCCCGGGCCCGGCGUGCCGCCGCCCCGCGUCGUGGAGACGUUCCAGUACGCCAUGUUCUGCCUCCUCGUGCUCAUGUGCUUCGGCGAGCGCCUCGACGAGCCCGCGGUGCGCGCGAUCGCCGCCGCGCAGCGGGAGACGCUCAUCUACAUCUCCAGGAACAUGCCCGUCUUCGCCUUCUUCCCACCAGUCACCAAGCACCUCUUCCGCGCGCGGCUGGACAAGGCGCGGGCGCUGCGGCGGCGCGUCAAGGAGCUCUUCCUGCCGCUCAUCAACGCGCGGCGCGAGUACAGGAGGCGGGGCGGCGAGCCGAAGAAGGAAACCACGUUCGAGCACUCGUACGUGGACACCCUGCUCGACAUCAAGCUCCACGAGGACGGCGAUCGCCCGCUUACCGACGAUGAGAUCAUCCUCCUCUGCUCCGAGUUCCUCAACGCCGGGACGGACACCACCUCCACCGGGCUGCAGUGGAUCAUGGCCGAGCUUGUCAAGAACCCAUCCAUCCAGGGCAAGCUCUACAGCGAGAUCAAAGCCGCCACCGACGACGACAAGGAAGAGAUCUCCGAGGAGGACGUCCACAAGAUGCCGUACCUCAAGGCGGUGAUCCUCGAGGGCCUCCGGAAGCACCCGCCGGGCCAUUUCGUCCUGCCGCACAAGGCGGCGGAGGACAUGGAUAUCGGCGGGUACCUGAUCCCCAAGGGCACUACGGUGAACUUCAUGGUGGCCGAGAUGGGCCGCGACGAGCGCGAGUGGAAGAACCCCAUGAAGUUCUCGCCUGAGCGGUUCCUCCCCGGCGGCGACGGCGAGGACGUGGACGUGACGGGCACCAAGGGGAUCAGGAUGAUGCCGUUCGGCGUGGGGCGGAGGAUCUGCGCGGGGCUCGGCAUCGCCAUGCUGCACCUGGAGUACUUCGUGGCCAACAUGGUCUGGGAGUUCGAGUGGCAGGAGGUGCCCGGCGAGGAGGUGGACUUCGCCGAGAAGAACGAGUUCACCACCGUCAUGAAGAAGCCGCUACGCCCGCGCCUUGUGCCCAGGAGGACUCGGAGUACGAGUGCUCACUAGCUAUCUAGAAUUACUACGAUCCGAUGGCACAGGGUGGUUCUAUGGUUUCUUGCUUUCUGAUGUAAAUAUCUAUUCAGAUUUUCAGAACACUGCUCACUAGCUGGCAAGAACUACAGUUAUAAAAUAAUCGGCAGAGAUAUUGCAAAGGUAGUAGCUUGGCUUCAUCUUCGUGUUGAUUGUGGAUGACUACGUGGGUAUGGAAAAUCAGUAAAUCACUAGCAAAACUGUGCCAGUUGGA